AUGGCCGACGUCCCAGCCGAGUGCAACAUCAAAGUGCUGUGUCGCUUUCGUCCUCUCAACCAGUCCGAGAUCGUUCGGGGGGACCUCUUCUUGCCCAAAUUCCAAGGAGAUGACACCGUCCUCGUCGGGGGCAGGUCCUACGCGUUUGAUCGAGUUUUUCCGACCAACACCACCCAGGAACAAGUCUACAACACCUGUGCUAAGCAGAUUGUUAAGGAUGUGUUGGGUGGCUACAAUGGCACCAUCUUUGCGUAUGGACAAACCUCUUCUGGCAAGACUCACACCAUGGAGGGCAAGCUGCACGACCCUCACCAGAUGGGCAUCAUCCCUCGCAUUGCAGAGGACAUCUUCAAUCACAUCUUUGCCAUGGACGAAAACCUGGAAUUCCACAUCAAGGUUUCAUAUUUUGAAAUCUACAUGGACAAAAUCCGUGACUUGCUGGAUGUGACCAAAACUAACCUGUCCGUCCACGAGGAUAAGAACCGUGUGCCAUAUGUCAAGGGGUGCACUGAGCGCUUUGUCUCCAGCCCGGAUGAGGUGAUGGACUUGAUUGAUGAGGGCAAAUCAAACCGCCAUGUUGCUGUUACCAACAUGAAUGAACACAGCUCUCGCAGUCACAGCAUCUUCCUGAUCAACAUCAAGCAGGAGCACGUGGAGACGGAGCAGAAGCUUUGUGGCAAACUCUAUCUGGUGGACCUGGCAGGAAGCGAGAAGGUCAGUAAGACGGGGGCUGCAGGAGCAGUACUGGAUGAGGCCAAAAACAUCAACAAGUCUCUGUCAGCUCUGGGAAAUGUCAUCUCGGCCUUGGCCGAGGGCACGAAAAGCCACGUGCCAUACCGUGACAGCAAAAUGACGCGGAUCCUGCAGGACUCUCUUGGCGGGAAUUGUCGCACCACCAUGUUCAUUUGCUGCUCACCCUCCAGCUAUAACGACGCCGAGACUAAGUCCACACUGAUGUUUGGACAACGUGCUAAGACUAUUCGAAACACGGCCUCCAUCAACUUGGAACUGACAGCUGAGCAGUGGAAGAAGAAGUACGAGAAAGAGAAGGAGAAGAACAAGACUUUGAAGGACAGCAUCCAAAAGCUGGAGGCUGAGCUCAACCGCUGGAGGAAUGGAGAGGAUGUACCCGAGACGGAGAGGACCCAACCGGAGAUUGUGACCCGUUAUGAGUCGGUGGAAGAGCGUCCCAUCCUGGAUAAUGACACCUCUUCCAUUGUGGUCCGAAUUUCCGAGGAGGAGCGCCAGAAAUACGAAGAGGAGAUCCGCAAACUGUACAAGCAAUUGGACGACAAGGAUGAUGAGAUCAACCUGCAGUGUCAGCUGGUGGAGAAACUGAAGCAGCAAAUGUUGGAUCAGGACGAGCUCUUGGCGUCUUCGCGUGGCGACGGCGACAAGGUGCAGGCGGAGCUCGGCAGGCUGCAAGUGGAAAGCGACUGCGCCAAGGCCGAGGUGAAGGAGGUGCUGCAGGCUCUGGAGGAGCUGGCUAUCAACUAUGACCAAAAGAGCCAGGAGGUGGAGGAGAAAGGUCUGCAAAACCAGCUGCUGGCUGAUCAGCUGGCCCAGAAAAUGUCGAGUCUGAUGGAGCUGGAGGCGGAGCUGUCUCGCAUGCAGGAAGUGAGCGGUCAGCAGAGGAAGCGUAUCGCCGACGUCCUUAAUGGACUGAUGAGGGACCUGAGUGAGUUCAGCUCCAUUGUGGGCAAUGGUGAAAUCAAGCUGCCGGUGGAGAUCAGCGGCGCCAUCGAGGAGGAGUUUACGGUAGCUCGUCUGUACAUCAGCAAGAUCAAGUCGGAGGUGAAGAGCAUGGUGAAGCGUUGUCGGCAACUGGAGAACAUGCAGCUGGAGUGCCACCGCAAGAUGGAGGAGACUGGGAGGGAGCUCUCCUCUUGCCACCUCCUCAUCUCUCAGCAUGAGGCAAAAAUCCGCUCCCUGACCGAGUACAUGCAGAGCGUGGAGCACAAGAAGAGACUUCUGGAGGAAAGUCACGACUCUCUGAGCGAAGAGUUGGCCAAGCUGCAAGACCAAGAUAAUUCCCUUCUGGAGGAGAAAGAUGGAGAGAAAGGAGAGAGUGAAGAUGGAAAUGUGAAGAAGAUUAGCCGCCAGCAGGGCGAGUCUCAUCGCGGCCUCCAUCACAAGCAGCUGGCACGUCUGCGUGAUGAGAUUAAUGAGAAGCAGAGGCUCAUCGACGAACUCACGGAUCGUAAUUCCAAGAUGGAGCUGGAGUUGGCUCAGGUUCGCUCCGACUUUGAACGUCUGAAAAGUCAGGAUACCUCCAAGAGCGAGCGCCUGGAGGAGCUCUCAUUCCUGCACGAGCGCCAUGAGCAGACUAAACAGGACCUGAAGGGUCUGGAGGAGACUGUUGCCCGUGAGCUCCAGACCCUCCACAACCUUCGCAAGCUGUUUGUUCAAGACCUCACGUCGCGGGUUAAAAAAAGUUCCGAAAUGGAACCUGAUGAUAGCGGGGGGUCUUGCACCCAGAAGCAGAAGAUUUCCUUUCUUGAGAAUAACCUGGACCAACUUACAAAGGUUCACAAACAGCUGGUUCGUGACAAUGCAGAUCUGCGUUGUGAGCUUCCAAAGCUGGAGAAACGUCUUCGGUCUACUGCUGAGAGAGUUAAGGCCCUGGAGACUGCACUGAGGGACGCUAAGGAGGGCGCCAUGAUGGACCGCCGUCGCUACCAGCAGGAAGUCGACCGCAUCAAGGACGCCAUGAGGGCCAAAAACGCCAUGCGACGCCCUCAUGCCGCGCAGAUUGCCAAGCCCGUGAGGCCCAAGCAAAUGCCCGUCUGCUCUCCCAGCAACCCAUUCUACUCGUACAUCCGGGCCACUGAGCACGCCAACACCUUCAGCAAUGCCGUCUUUCAGAGCAACAUGACGCCGAGCAACUCCGCAAGCAUCAACUGCAACCCGAACUCUGUUGAAACCAACACGGUUUCCACAGCACUGGGCUACAGAGCAGGCAGAUAUAAUGGUGACAUACUGGAAUCCUUCCCACUUAACAUUGAGAACGGAAACGGCAUCAGUGACACAAGAGACAUCAAUGACAACAGGAGUGAUGCGCACUGUGGCAGCGAGGUGGACGAUUCAAAUAGACAUUUCGUCGUUCACCAGGAAACGGCUGCAAGUUAAUACCGAGGUGAUGACCAAACACUGUACAUGUCUGAGGACCCGCACCCUGCUCCCCACCAAUCUGCAUGCAGCCUUUCUCUCCGUUCCUCUAGCGCAUCGCCAAUGAUGAUGAUGACGAUAGUGAUCGAUAGCUUUGUAGUCUUUUAAGUAGAUGAAGCUCCUCCUCUUUCUUCUUCUAGCGCAACCCAUUUACUUCUAUAGGCGGACGGCAGCCAAUUCAGUCAAUGUAGGAUUUAUUUAUUUUUUUGUAAAUAUAAAACGCUACAGUCCCUCAGCUAAUCAAAUUGUCCCUGGAAUAUUUUGGACUCCGACUUUUGCAAAAAGGUUGUGCUUUAUACUCAAGUUGAGGGUUUUGACCAGCAUCUUUUAUGUUCAUGUAUAACUUCCGCCUGCACAUGUCGUCUUCUUAAAGGGCCUCAUGUGGUAGCCUAAUGACAAAUAGUGCCACAGUGUCCAUAAUGCUUGCACCCAACAAAGUAGCCCCCCCACAUACAAACACGCAGCAUGCAUGUCACUUAGCGGGCUAGCUUCCAAAUAUUUGCAUGUGUUGUGAUUCCAGUCAGGAGUGAACCAUCUGAUUGCCCUGAAGACAUAACAGAAAGGGAAAAGGCUGCUUUUAUGCUAUUUGGCAUCACAGACCAAAUUCAAAUUUUUGUCUUACCUGCUUUGGAUACACGUCAGUAUACGCAGAAAAAAAAUCCACAUGCAAUCGAAAGCAGAUUGGAUGUACUAUAGGCAUGAAAUUGGAAUUGGGCAAAAGACCUACAGUCUAAAUCCAGCCAAGGAGUGCUUUUCAACAUCCCUGACCUGGUACCGGUGCUUUGUUUAAAGUCGACAUCUGAGUUGUUGUCUUCACGUCACAUCAAGUAAUUGCGCUCAAAGGGCAAGACAAGAAUAGACCAGCAAAUCAUUUAGUAUGUACUUUAAUAUUGUGAUGCUUCAGUUUGUUGCCACUGUACGGUGCAUCCACUGCUGCCGAUAUUCACUCUGUUCAAUGUUUACUGUUUUGGAGAAGUGCAAAGACUAGACUUCAUCAUCAAUGUAUAUUCUUUGGAAAAUAUUAGCCGGAAAUUGGAUCCCACGAGCAUCCCAGAACUUUCCUCUUAUUUGGUGUUCCUGUCUUUAAUCGAGAACCAGUUAAAGUCGAAUGCUGAGAGAACCGUUGCAAGGAAGUCCCCAGCUGAGCAGUCACCAGUCUGGUUUGGACCAACAGGAGUGUGUUUGUUGUAUUAGCUGUGAUUCUUCCGUCAUAAAUCCUGACCAGCCAAUCAGGAGAGAGGAACACUGCAGUUUGUAAGUGAACAGAGGCAUGCGGCUUUAGCUCGAUGUCUGAAUUAAAGAACACACCAAAUUCUACACAUUCACACAUACGGCUCUUCUAUAUGUCUGAAUUGUGUCAUCAAGAUUCAUACACCUAUUCAAAAACACAAAAUAAGAUUUGACAUACUCCAUCUCAUGUCACUACACAUAUGAAGAAAUGCAAUCGUGCUUCAGCCUGGUCAGAGCCUGCAGUUUGUGUCUAAGCAGACCCUCUAUUUGACAUCGUGUUUCAAAUUUCAUCUAUUGUAUGUGAAGACGAUAUGUUGUAGGAAAUGGGCGUGUACAUUAUUGUCAUCUGCUAAUUCCACUGUCUGGUUUCAACAUAUCUUUUAUACAUAUAUAUAGUAUAUACAUAGUUUACAUGUGCUAUUUAUUGUUCAUCUUGUAAUUAAAGACUAUAGUGAUCUGCAAGAGAACGUUACACUGGAAAUCUAAAAUAUUUGUUAUACGGUAUUUAUUUCUGUAGGCCUGUCCUGUAGCGUUGACAUCCUAUGAUAACCACUGUGCAAGACUCCUGUAUGUAAAUACACAUAUGUACCCCAAUGUAUGUGAGCCAUUGUGUUGUCGUUAAAAAAAAUUCAAUAAACUUGGAGAAAAAGACUCAAGUGA